AUGCUGCUACUGCUCUCCAUGGCUUUUUCCCCACAUCACACUGACUUCAUGAAGCCGGGACAGAACUGGAAAUGGAUCCAGGCCCAUCACUGGGUCCAGCACCCUGACUUCAACAAUGAGAACUUUCACAAUGACACCAUGCUGCUGAAGCUAUCACACAGCGCAGAGCUGACGGAGUGGGUGAGGCCCAUCCCCCUGCCAGAGAUCAAUCACCAUGUCAGCCCAGGCUCCGAGUGCAGCGUGAAUGGGCGGAGUCAGACAGGAGUGAACACCACCACCAACAGGCUGCUGGAGGCAGAGCAGGAGGUGGUGUCAGACGGCCUGUGCAAAGGGUGGUACCAGCAUUAUGACUCCACCACCGUGCUGUGCACCAGCAGCUCCCACGCCAAGAAAUCAGCGUUCCAGGUAAAUAUCCCCCCGCCCGGAGACACUGGGGGCCCCCUGGUCUGUGACGGGAAGGCCCAGGACAUUGUCUCCUACGGCAAACCUGAUGGGUCAGCACCCCAGGUUUUCACCAGGGUCUCCAAAUACAUCUCGUGGAUCAAGACUGCGCAAGCUGACGCCAUAAACGGGAGCAUUCAUCUCUUCUCACAUGAUUGGAGAGACAGUUGA